AUGUUUAACAAAUCUUUAAUCUCAUUAUCACGUCAAGUUUUAAAAUCAAAACCCGCUAGAUUCACAAACCUUUAUCAAGCAUCAUCAUUUGCGCCUCAACUUAAUCGACCUACUUAUUUUUCUACUACAUCUUUCAACAGAUCAGCUGGUCAAGCUGAUACUGAACUUAUUGGAAGGCUUGAAUCGGAAAUCGAAUAUGAAAAAGAAGUGGAAUCAACUAAAGAACCUACAUGGUUAAAAACCUUCAAAGCCGAUCAAACGUUUACUAUUAAUGAUGUUCCUGGAUCAGAUGAAGUAUCACUCACAAGAACAUUCGGAAACGAAAAGAUUCGAAUCUUAUUCUCUUGUUCAGAUAUCGAACGUAUGGAUGAAGAUGAAGAAAUUGAAUUAGAAUCAGAAGAUGUAGAAAAAGAACAAAUCCAAAAUACUAGAGUUAGAACGGCUAUUAGUAUUGUAAAGACAGGUAAAGGAGGAAUGGUCAUCGAUUCAACCACAGAUGGUCUUUCAUUCGAAAUUGAUAACGUAUCAUUUUAUGAUGAUGAACAUUUAGCAUUAGAUGAAUCUUCUGAAAAUGAUUGGAAACGUAGAGGACUUUAUAUCGGUCCUACAUUUCUUGAUUUAGAUGAAGAAUUACAAUCUGGUUUUACUCAAUUUUUAGAAGAACGUGGAAUCGGAUCGGAAUUAGCUAUGGUGGUUGCAAAUCUUGCUGAACAUAAAGAACAAAAGGAAUAUGUCAGUUGGUUAAGUAAGAUGGGUCAAUUCAUUAAAGCUUGA